GAAAAAUAAACCUUUAAUUGUAUGUAGAAUGAACAUUUUAGAGCUGUAGAUGUAUGUGUUUGAGGACAACUACAUCCCAAAGAAAACAGCCAUUUAGUCAGUAAUUUUUGAUAACAGGAAUUUAAGGUUUUUAGAAUUUCUUUCAAAUAAUGUGAUUUUUUACAAUUUGCUAAGUAGAGAAAACUAAUAUAUAUGACCUGUGAACAUAGUUUCUACAUUUUGACUAAGGAAGAAUUUUGUGUGAAAUUAAUCUUUUGAUUUGAAGGGAAGUUUUUAUGUUGAAAUUUUUUUUUUUAAAUUGUCUUGGUGGGGAAAAGACCUGUAACCAGUGUUUGCUGCUCAGGUCAAAAGUAUCCCGUCAACAUGAUCAUAUUUUAUUGCACCCCUGAUCCAAAGUUGACUGGCUGUGCCUUCCUUGCCAUUGGUCUGUGGAUACUCUUUGCUAAACAUUCCUAUGCUAGCCUCCUAGGAAGUUCUACCUAUCCCAUAGCCACCUUCCUAAUGAUUGGUAUUGGAGGCUUCAUCAUUUUCUCUGGAAUUAUGGGAUGUGGUGGAGCGCGUUCAGAGAACAGAUGUCUUCUGGUCUUGUAUGCUGUGUUUCUGCUGCUGAUUUUCUUGGUGGAAGCUAUAAGUGGAGUUCUUGCCUACAUGUAUGAAGGAAUUAUCAGGGAGGAACUGUCAAGAAAUCUAAAUGACACCAUGAUGAAGAAUUAUAAAUAUGAUGUUCACCUAACACAAGCAGUGGAUGAUAUGCAGCAAAAUUUCCUCUGCUGUGGAGCAGUUUCAUUUAAAGACUGGCAGAAAUCAAAAUGGCUGCAGGAGGACAAAAACACAACUAACAAAGCUCCAGACACCUGCUGUAUGUCGUACUCUCUGGGAUGUGCGGAGGAUGAUCACCCGUCAAAUAUCUACUACGAGGGCUGCAGCCCAAAGCUUGCCAAGUACACCAAGGAAUCUUUAAUGAUUAUUGGGGGCAUCGGACUAGGGCUGUGUUGUGUGCAGAUAUUUGGAGUUAUAUUCUCAUGCUGUCUAGUCAGGAAAAUUAAGGACAAGGUUUAUAAGUACUGACAAGAUAGCAGAUGAACAAAUCACCAAGGGCUAGUAAUGAUUGAAUGACAUUGGAUGUGACAAUACCUAAAUGGCUAGCCACGUCUCCUUGCAAUAUCAAAUGUUUUAUGUUCAUACCAUGUCAGCAAAGCAGUUCUUUUAUAGUGGUGCUUUUUUCUUCUUCCUAUGAAUGUGUGUCAUAUGACAAUGUGUCUCUGAAAAUUUUGUAUGCAAUACGUUUAUACAAUAUUCAUUGGAUAGAUUUUUGAGAUUUAGUAAGAUGAGUUUAUAUGUAAAACCUGUAAUUUUAUGCAGAUGUAUAGGGUAGACUUUUUAUCUAUUAGUUUCUGUGAUAGAAAAAUGAGAUAGUUUUGAUAACAACUACAUAAGGGAAGGACCUGAUUUGGCCCCCUAAAAAAUGACUUUUUUCAGGUUUUUAGGUCACCUGAGUAAAACUCAGGUGACCUAUUGCAAUUGGUUUUCAUCCGUCGUCGUCUGUCGUGCGUUAACAAUUGAACAAUUUUAACUUCUUCUUAAUAACUACCAGUCCAGUUCUUUUCAAAUUUGGUGUGAAGCAUCAUUGGGACAAGGGGGACAUAGAUUGUAAAUUUCAGGACUCCAGCACCCCUGGGGCUCUAGGGGUGGGGCAAAAACUGUCCAAAAUUGACCAAUUUUCAAAAAUCUUCUUCUCAAGAACCACAAACAUGUAAGAAAAACUAAAUACAUAAUGAUGUAGAGCAGGAAGGCCUCUACCAAAAUUGUAAAUUUCAUUAUCCCCGGGGUGGGGGUUCUGACCCCAGGGUGGGGCCAAACUUGUUAUAUAGUGUUUAUGUGUAAAACACUUAAAUUACAUCUUCUUUAAUGCUAUUGAUACAUGUACUAAAUUGAAAGUAAGUAGAUAUUUAGAAAGAACAGAUAGUCCUUUACCAAAAUUGUAAAUUUGAUUAUUCCAGGGGUAGGGAUUUUGGUAUCGGGGUGGGGCCAAAAUGGUCAGUUAUUAAGUGUGUGAACAAUAGACAUUUUUAACUUCUUGAUAACAAUCAUUCCAAUUCUUUUCAAAUUUGGUAUGAAACAUAUUUGGAUCAAGGGGAACAUAAAUUGUAAAUUUCAGGAUUCCUUCACCCCUGGGGCCUUAGGGGCAGGACAAAAACUGCCCAAAAAUGACAAAUUUUCAAAAAUCUUCUUCUCAAGAACCACACACAUGUAAGAAAAAAUAAAUGCAUAGUAAUGUAGAGGAGGAAAGCCUCUACCAAAAUUGUAAAUUUCAUGAUCCCCGGGGUAGGGGUUCUGACCCCAGGGCAGAGUCAAACUUGUUAUAUAGUGUUUAUGUGUAAAACACUUCAAUAACAUUUUCUUUAGAGCUUUUGAUACUAACUUGAAACUAAAUGGAUAGAGCAGGUAGUCUUUUACCAAAAUUGUAAAUUUUAUUUUCCCCAGAGUAAGGGUUUUGACCCCAGGGUGGGGCCAAACUUAGUAUAUAGUAUUUAUGUGUAAGUUUGCUGAUACUGUAUAAAAUCUAAAUGCAUACUUAGGAAUAGCAGAAAAGGAUGUACAAAAAAAGGUGAAUUUCAAUCAAAACCCAGGGUUAUGACUUUAGGAUGAGUCCAAAUUAGUCAUAUCUUUUGAUGUUUUAAUGUUAAUACAAAUGUACACCUAUUAUUUAAAGCUUUUCAUCAGUGUGUGCACUUUUGAGGGCAGUGAAGUUUUAAGAACACAUAUUGUUUUAUACUGUUGCUGAACAUUAGAAUUUAGCUUAGAUAUUCAGAACAGGAAAUUUUUUCUAGAUUUCAUAGCCCAUGGAAGUAGUGAUACUUUUUCACUAGUAUUCAGGUGACCAAUAAGGCCUGUGGGCCUCUUGUUUUAAAGCAUAGUUUAUUUCAAUUUGAGGAAAAGUGUAUGCAGAUCUUUCUUUUAUGUUUUUGUUUGAAAAAAAGUGAUAGUCAAAAAACAUAAAUGUUUUUUACUUUAUCUGGAUUUUCAAAAUUUUGUUGCAAAGGUGCACAUUUUCAUACCAUUUCCAUUUCACAAAUAUAGAGCGACUUUGUUAUAUAUGUAUGUAUCUUUCAAAGAUUUGUCCUUGAUAGAAAUAUUCAUCUUCUUCACAAGUUGCUUUGUUUGGAAUUGGAAGAUAAGCACUCAAAACAACACUUUUCAUCAUUAAAAAGCAGACAAAUAAAGAAUGCAUCUAUUCUGAUGUCAAAUUACAAAAAAUGGCACAAAGUCAAGUUUGGAAAUUAUAUAUAUGAAAUCUUUUAGAUUUUACAUGAAUUUUCACAUUUUUUCAUUCAAUAUGGAUUUUUGCUUUUUUUUGCAUGUUUUUCUAUGUCGUAAGGAAACUGAUACAAAAUAUUUGUAAAUAUGUUAAUACAUGUUCUGAUAUCUGCUCUUCUUUAGAUAUAUAUAUAUAUAUAUAUAUAUGGAAAUGUCUCAUAUUUUUUAACUUUCACGUUCAAUUUUUGAUAGAUUUACAUCAGGGUAUUUUUUUUUCAUGAAGUUACAAUUUAUUUAAAUUGAUUUUUAGAUCCUUAUAACCCCUGCUCUCUACACAUCCCCUAUUAUUGGUAUGUUUUUCAGUCUCAACAGAAUAAUCACUCGUAAUUUCCCCAACUUACCUGUACAGAAAUUCCUCCAGAUUUUAUUUAGAAUUUAAAAGUUGCGAGUGCAUGCUAUUUAAAAGUUGUUUUAUUUAACUCCAUACACUGAACUUCUUUAACAUAUUUUGAUGUUUACCAUUGCGGCUUUUUAAAUUGCCUGCAUUUUCUAAUUUUGCCAAGGGUCUUUCAUGAAUUUAAAAAUAAAUACCGAAUGAUAAAAGAUUGAGAAACCUUAUAAUUAGCAAAAUUUGUGGAACUUGCUUCUUCCAUUACAUUCUCUAGAUUGUUCAGACUGCCAUGAGUAGAUUGUUCAAACUGCCAUGAGAAAAUUGUUGUGGGUUCAGAGUGGAAAAACACUUAACAAAUAGACUUCAAUUUGCCAUGAGUAGAUUGUUCAGACUGCCAUGAGAAAAUUGUUGUGGGUUCAGAGUGGAAAAACACUUAACAAAUAGACUCAAUUUUUAAAAAUACAUGAGGUUAUGAACUACAAUGUUUCAUACCAAAAUACUUCAUGUUGCAGUUCAUAUCCUCGUGUACCAUUGUAUUGACAUUCUACUUUGACUUCUGUCAGAAUUCCCUGUUAGAAUAAACAUAGUAUGUUUAUCAAGAUCCAUAUACACAUUGUUUACAACUGUAGCACGUUCAUAAGGAAAUGACUGUCCUUACAAUUUGUAAAGAAAAUGUAAAUAUAAUCAGGAAGACAUAUUGUCUGGAAAUGAUGUUACAGAUAAAGAGAACUUAUUUCACCCUCAAAUCAUAAAACAAGUCAAUGGGAUUCAAUUUUCAUGAAAUUAUUUUAUUUGCUCAUAUGUCAAGAUGUUUAAAGUAAUUUUCCCUUUUCUAAACCUCAAGAAAGCAGAAUUUAUGCUCUAGGUAUCAUGACAUUUGAAUUAAAUCUCAGUGAUAAAUAAGAUAUACAUGUAUAGGCUCGGCCUGCUGCCUAAUCCUAUUACAUUAUACAUGUACAUGAUAAAAUAUGUUUAAAUUGUGAAUAAAAUGUUCUGAAAUUUUUGUUGACCAAUCCACACAAUCCUGGUAAAUUACAACAAGCAUGCAAUAUGUGUGUAUUUUUUUAAAAUGCAUUGUUUUGAUAUUUUGUCGUUGCCUUUAUUUGUGUUGCGGGGUUUUUAAUGCCCUAGCCAUGUGUUAAUCCAGAAAACGGAGUUUGUCUUGUAUCAAAAGAAUUGUAAAACUGCAUACCAAGAAAUCAGUAUUACUUAUACAUUUACCUCCCCAAAAGUGAGGCUGAUGUAAGCUUUUAUGUGUUUAUCUCCAUAACUUGUCUUCAUUUCAACAUCUUCAAAAAUAUGGAGAUUAUCUUCAGACCUACUUGUAUAGGACAAAAAGCAUUUGGCUAAAAGUUGUUUUUUACAUUAAUGUAGUAGGAAUUCAAUGUUUGGAUCAUGGUUGUUCAUGAUUAAUAAGAAUGAGAUAAAUCUUCAAUUUAAAAAGAAGAGGAAAACAAAUUGGCAAAGUUAGUGAUGAAACCAUGAUCUUAACAUCAUGGCUGGGGUCUGUGACAGUUGAAUUGUUGACAAUCUUUUCAAACAGUAGACAGCCAUGUCUAGUGUGUACAUAGAUUCAAGCAGGUGUGUAUUCAGAUGAUCAUUUAGAACUAGAUGUAUGAUCAUGAUGUGAGCAUUGUGGCAUGUGACAACUUGUUCCAAGUACAAUGAUCCCCCGUUAUAACGCCAACAUUUGUACCUCGGCAAUUUUGGCGUUAUAACGGGUGGCAUUAUAUCGGGGGAGGGGGUAUGUGUACAGCUGUCAUAAGAAAUCAAGCAAAUUUUAUCUACUACAUCGUGCUUUGAAUGCCUGGAUAAUCCCGGCGUCCAGUGGUUGUAAAUGACUUGUAAUGGUAGGGGUAUUUAAUGAUUUCCAGUUUUUGUUUUAUGCCCAACACGCUUAGACUUCGGUGUGUCCGCCAUACUCAGAUUUAAAAAACAAUACUGCAUAUUUGAACUCAGUAUCUGCUCCAAACUUUGAUAACUUGAGGACUAAUGGCAGAUAAUUGCUUAAGCCUGCUCACUGAAAUUUUCCUGCCGUUGAUUGGCGAUAAUUAGCAGGGGUGAUUAUAACGGAAAUUGACCAAAUCGUACCUGUAAAUAGGAUGGCGGUAUGCGGGGGAUGGCGUUAUAACGGGGUUUUACAUAAUGAGGAAAAUGGGACUCUGAACUUUUUUGGUGAUAUGUGGGGGUGGCAUUAUAACGGGAGGGGGGGGGGGGGCAAUAUAUUGCAGGGGAUCACUGUAUUCACGUGUUUGCUGGAACUUUUAUUUAAAAAAAACUAUACAGCUUAAACAUAUCAUAAUUCACUUGUGUGACUUAGUUUGUGCAAGAUCAGGGCAAUUUUUAUCAUAUUUUUUGUUUGUUAUUUGAACCUUUCAAAGUUUUUUUUUAAAUACAGUAAAGCAUCCUACUAGCUAAACUGAUAAAAACUUUUCAUAUCAUAGGUCAGUGAUUUGUUUAUAUUACAAAUUUUAUUGUUGCGCCAAGCCAGGCAUGGACAUGAUUUGAGCUGAAAUUUUUCAAGUUUUAUUUUUCUAUUCUUAUUGUUUACAAUGCUUAACUGAAGUAUUUCUAAUGGUCAACCAAAAUUUGAAUAUCAGGUUUGGAGUUUCAAGCUCAGAUACAGCACUCACAAUUCUUUGUUAUGUAAACAAGGCUUGUGCCAUGUUUUUGUUUACAAAUAUAGAUUGCUUAAUAAUAAAAAUAGCCUGUUUAAAACAAAAUAAGAUGUGCUAAACACUAGAAACUAUUUAACUUGUAAAAUCUGCUUUAAACCAACUUUUACUAGUAUAUUAAAACUAUGAAAACAAAAACAUGGCACGAGCCUUGUUUACAUAACAAAGAGUUGUGAGCUCUGUAUCUCCCAUGUACCUUGACAACUGACAUUAAAAAAAAUUUGCUGACCAUUAGAGAUGCCUUAGUUAAGCAUUUUAAACAUAAAAAAUGAAAAAAUAAAAUUUGAAAAUUUUCAGCUCAAAUCAUAUCCAUUCCCCUUUAAGAUUAUAUUUGUGUUCCCAUUUUGACCCACUCAGAAAAAAAUAUCCCCAUUCCAAAACUUUUGUUGCAAUUUCUUUCAAGAAUAUUAUAUUUCUUUCAAACAGCUAAACUUUUCUUUCUUUAUUAACUUUUUGCUUCAUCACAAACUAGAUAAUGAUUUGCUCAUUGAAUGUUACUAUUUUAUGUUUUUAUUUCCAAAAUGAAAUAUUUUCCACCCAUCAGUUCUGAAUUCAAAAGGGUGAAUCAAAAAGGGAAAAUGAAUAAUAUUUUAAUCUAGGCCUUGCAAUAUGAAUUAUUGUUGUUUUCAAUGUUCUCUAAAAGCCAAUUCUCGCCUGAUUUUUACUGUUAUUCACUUAUUGUUUAUUAUAAAUUCUUGUGUAUCAUAGUUAUAUGUGUCAUAUAGAGUACAAUUGUACUUCUUAGAAAUACCAUAUUGUUCACAUAGUUAUGUUGUCUUAAAAAAGGAAAUAAAAUGAAAAAUAGG